AUGAACAUAGUCAAAAUUAUUUUGCCAUUGACUGCUAUUUUUAGUUGGAAUAUCCAGCAAUAUAAUGUGAAAAAUGUCUUUCUUCAUGGAGACCUUAUUAAUGGAGUAUAUAUGUAUUAUCCACCUAGUUAUGGAGGAAAUUUAUCUUCUAACAUUAUUUGCAGACUAAGAAAGUCUUUUUAUAGACUGAAACAAUCUCCAUGCACAUGGUUUGGGAGAUUUUCUACUAUCAUACAAAAAUUUGAUUUUCUUCACACACAUUAUUUUUCAAACAUACUUCAUCAGGGGGAGUUUCUAUACUCCUAGUGUAUGUUGACGACAUUAUAAUUACUGAAAGUAAUGACAUUGAACAAGGAAAUUUGAGCAAGUAUCUUGUCAACAAAUUUGAUAUCAAAACUUUGGAUUAUUUUAAAUAUUUUCUAGGCAUUGAGGUGGCUCAUUCUUCUAAGGGCAUAUUCAUCUCUCAACGAAAGUAUGUGGCAGAUCUUCUAAAAGAUACUGAAAAAUCUGCCUGCAAACCAGCUAUCACCCCCCUUAAUCCUAACCACAAACUUAGUGUUCGUGAAGGGGAGUAUAUUGAUUGCAAAAUGUAUCAACAACUUAUUGGACGAUUGCUAUAUCUCACACACACUAGGCAUGAGAUCUCUUAUGUACUUGGUCUCUUAAGUUAGUUCAUGCAUAAGUCAACUAAAUCUCAUCUUCAUGUUGUAUAUCAGGUGUUACACUACUUAAAGGGAACCCCUAGAAAAGGCAUUCUCUUCAAAUGUGGUGGUAACCUAACAAUUGAGGUGUAUAUUGAUGCAAACUAUGUUAGUUCUCCUUUAAAUUGUCGGUCACCUUCAGGUCUUAUGAUGUUUCUAAGAAGAAAUUUGAUUACUUGAAAUAGUAAAAAAACAGAAUGUUGUUGCUCGCUCUAGUGCAGAAUCAACAUUCAGGGCAUUUGAACAUAGAAUAUGUGAACUACUUUGGGUGAAGAUUUUACUCAUUAACCUAAAAGAUUCUUAUUUCUUGUCCUAUGAAGUUCUAUUGUGACAAUAAAUCUACAAUUAAUCUUGUGCAUAAUCCCAUUCAGCAUGAUCACACAAAGCAAGUGGAGAUAGACCAUCACAUUACCAAAGAAAACUUGGAGUCUAAAGAAAUAUGUAUUCCCUACAUCUCUGCUCAACAUCAACUACUUGAUUUGCUAACAAAAGGUGUCUCUAAGACUCAACUAGAACAAAUGCUUUCCAAUCCGGGAAUAGAUGAUAUCCACUCACCAGCUUAA